AUGACCAGCCCACCCCCGCAACUCUUCUUCUCGAACGAUGUCGCCACCAUGGACGAGUGGGCGCGCCGGACAGGGAUCCCUCUCACCACUGCCGACGCCUUGGGCACUAACUACGCGAGAGCUCGGCGGUGGAUGCAGUCCCUCCGCGCCCAGCUCGUCGAGCAGCACAACUGGCGGGACGUCUCGCCGCUCGACUCCCGGCUCCUCUUCGACAUCGAAUGCUCGACGCCCUACCGGUCCUCAAGGGGGCUUCCCCGCAGCCCGAACAUGCGCCUGCAGCUGCCUGCUAACGCCUCGUCGUUCUUCUCCCGUGAACGGCGUGUGCAGUGGGAGAUGGUCUUCCACUCUGCCCUCUUCCCCGGGCUGCGGCACACCGUCCCGGCGAUCGCGGACCUCCUCCACCUCCUCCAGUGCCUGCUCACCGGCAUGGUCGUCCUCAUCAAGGAGGAGCAGGUCCCGGGCGAGGGUGUCUACCGCACGCACCGCGCGCUGCCGCCGGUCGAGUGGGUGACGAGUCACGAAGCCGCGCUCGUCGACAUCUUCGGGGCUUCCCACUACCGCCAGCUCUUCCGCGCCGCGAGCGACAACCGUGUCGCGUUCAAGCUCGAGCGGGCGUGA